AUGAGAGACCAUUCUUCACAUAAGCAAAUGGCUAGUUCAGCAAUGCAGCAUGAUCAUGGUGAUAUGGGAGGUGAUAGUUGUUCAAUGAAUAUGAUAUUUACAUGGAAUUAUAAGAAUACAUGUGUGGUAUUUAGAUGGUGGCAUAUUAAAACAGUAUCACAUUUAAUAUUGAGUAUGCUUGCCAUUAUGUUUUUAACCUAUUUGUAUGAAUAUUUAAAAUAUUGUAUUUAUAAGAGAAAUUUAAACAAUGUAGUGGUGGGAACUACAACUAAUUUGAAUUCUGUAGGUGCUAAACGUGUAAGAUUCAAGAAAAGUAUUUGGUAUUCGAUACAAGUUGGGUAUUCUUUUAUGUUAAUGUUAGUCUUUAUGACUUAUAAUGGUUGGUUAAUGUUAGCUGUAGUUUUAGGUGCCCUUUGGGGCCAUUACUGUUGGGGUUCAUUAACUGAAAAUUGUAAUGAUACAAACAGUUUAGCUUGUCAUUAG